AUGCUUUUGUCCGUUCAAUGUGACAUUUUAAUCCGCGUGUCCCCUCCGCUUUGAACAAAUAGAAAAGGUUUGUUGAACAACUUCUUCGGGCUCCCAACUGCUGCGUUCAAGGAGCCUCCAGAGCUCUUGUCUUCAUCAUGGGGAUCAAAGCUGCUCUCCCCAAGUAUGAGAUCUAUUUCUACAACACUGUGCUGUGUCUCGCCAUGUUCUGGGCCGCCAGCUGGAUCUUUGAGGUGUCCAGUUCCAAUGCAAACAGAAAGACGUUCAAAACCAGCGUGAAGCCAGGAUGGUACUACUUUGGAAGGAAAAUGGACACGGCUGAUUUUGAGUGGAUGAUGUGGUUCUCCACCUACAGAGACCACAUCCUCUUCGCUCUCUCCGGUCAUGUGCUGUUCGCCAAGAUCUGCUCCAUGCUGGCUCCACAGUACAGGUCCUUGGUGUACAUGGUGUACGGUCUGCUGGCUGUGUGGACCAGUAUGGGCUGGACUUACGUCACCCUCAUCUUAUCCCACUGCAUCCUGCUCUACAGCAUCUCCUUGGUGAAAAUCCGCUGGCUUUGCUUCAUCACUGGUCUCUGCACACUCGCUACGUUCAAGUGUGAACCCUUCGUGUCCUGGCAGGCAGGUUUUGUUGAAGGAGACUUUGAGCUGCGUCAUGUUCUCUUCUAUGGAGGUUGUGGUUUUACGAUCAUGCGCUGCAUGAGUUUCGCUCUGGAGAACUGUGAAAGGAAAGACGGGAACUACAGCAUCCUGGAGCUGCUCAAGUACAACUUCUACCUCCCUUUCUUCUACUUUGGGCCCAUCAUGACCUUCGAUAAAUUUUAUGUUCAAGCCAACAGGUCUGACCUGACCAGAAAAGAGCGGGAGAUGUGGAACAUCAGCCUGCAGGGAGGAAUCAACCUGGGAGUCAUCAUUGUCAUAGACGUCCUCUUUCACUUCAUGUACAUCCUCACCAUCCCUGCUGACAUGAAGCUGCUGAAGCACCUCUCAGACUGGGCUCUAGUGGGCCUGGCCUACUUUAACUUGGUGUACGACUGGGUCAAAGCGGCUGUCAUGUUCGGAGUCAUCAACACAGUGUCCAGACUGGAUCACCUGGACCCGCCCAAACCACCGAAAUGCAUCACGAUGCUCUACGUGUUCGCUGAAACGCAUUUUGACAGAGGGAUCAACGAUUGGCUCUGCAAGUACAUUUAUGAUUAUCUGGGUGGAAAGCAUGAUGACGUGGUGGAGGAGCUGAUCGCGACACUGUGCACCUUCGGCGUCACCAUCCUGUGGUUGGGACCCUGUCAGGUGGUCCUGAUCUGGGCUUUCUUUAACUGUUUUGGCCUCAACUUUGAGCUCUGGACAGCCAAAUUCUUCACCAUGGAGCCAUUUACCUCAUUUGAGAUGGCAAUGUCUGAAGCAAUGUCCCGCCGCAUCCGAGCCGUCUUCAACAGUUUCAACUUCUGGAGCAUUGUGCUGUACAACGUUCUGGCCUUGAACAGUUUGGACUUCGCCAAGUUGGUCACCAAACGACUGCUUCUCAAAGGCUUCCCUAUAACCACCAUCAUCGUCAUGUUUGUGACCUACUGCCUGAUUCAAGUGAUCAAGGAGCGAGAGAGGAGACAGGCUCUCAUUGAUGAUCCUGAUCCACUUCCUCCUCCUCCCCCUCCAAACGCUGCCCCCAGCCCUACUGCCCCUGCAGCUGCACCCGCUGCCCCACAGCCAGUUGCAGAUCCGAGCAAGGAGAAAGCAGAGUAGAUAAUUAAAGGAGAAUGUAACGGCCUAGUAGUGACGGCUGUCCAGAUGCUUCCAGUAUUAUCGCCUGUCUAGAUUUUAUAACACUUUGAAUGGAUGUAGAAAACAGCAUUUACUGUAAAUAAAGUUUACAUCAUUUAACAGUAUUUUUACCUAAAGGAGAGUUUAUACUUUAAUGAAAAGCAUUCACUAAUAUGUAAUGUAAUAUAAUGUACAGUACACCUGUAUAUUGUCCAGGAGCCAAUGAAAACAGCUAACAAGAAAACACUGUAGGGACUGUGAUUUCCUGAUAUCUGAUCUUUACUAUUACGCUAGAAAUAAACUGCAAAGAUUUGUUCAAAGCAUCAUGUCUUGUGUCAUAAGUAGAGAGAUCUUGAACUUUAUGAUGGAGCUGUUUGACUUUGAAUAAGCAACUUUUUGCAACUUUUUACAUUACAUGAGUUGUUGUACUUUACUCUUAGUUUGCUCCUGAAAUCUAGCUUGGUGCAUUUCUGCUGGAAACACUUUGAAAUCUGUCUAGAUGAAGAGCUACUGUCACAUGUGGUCGCUGCCUCAGCCUGAAUAAAGAAUACAAAAGCACUUAAGGAUAAUAAAGAGAAGAGAUUCCCUUUUUUUGUGAUCCAUUCAUGUGGCUAGUGUGUCUUCAAAGCAAUUUAGAGACCUAUUUAGUUUUAGUCGUGUUUUGGUUUAACAAAACACUUCAGCCAUUACAGGGGAAUAUUGUUUUUUUUUUUUUUUUGGAAUGGAUUUUUGCUUUUUUUUUUUUUUAACAGAGCAGGGGAGAGAAAAAGAAAAUUGAGGAAAUUAUUUUCUUGACACCAUUAAAUUAUCAAAUCAAUCAAACUGUUAUCUCUCUUAGACAUUUUAGGAAAUACACAGCAUUAGUGUAGCAGGGCUGCCAACUUGUGACCAGACCUUAGCCUGAGAUUUGGUUUGUGCUGUCAGAGUGUCUGGGGGUCCUCCUAGAAAAUUUUGAAAAUUACUGAGCCUAUUUCCUACAUUCUGGUGCAAUUUAAAGGGGAACUUCGUUUUUUUUCAACCCGAGGUCUGUUUUCAUAUGUCAUUUCAUACAUGUGAGUGAUGGAGAAAUGAAUUUUCGACAUACCUCCAGUAUUUAGUCAGGCAGGUAGCUUAGCAGCUCAGCUAGCAGCUCAGCUAGCGAAAAGUAUGGGGCAGCUGGCCCCCCGCGUCAAAGUCCGCCCUAACGUGCUUUUUCCCCACACUGACCGGCUCAGAUAGUCUCAAUGAGUGUCCCACAACACACUAGAGAUGAGAAGUGAACAAAAACCUCCACAUUACCUGGCGAUGGCUCUUUGUUGUGGUCUGUAUCCAAAUCUCAGGACGCUAGAAAGCAAAUCUCGUUCCGAAAUCACGCGAGAGCUCGAUUUCACAUUUGUUUUUUUAUCAUAUAAAACCACAAAAGUGAGCUUGAAACCCCACCAACUAAGUUAAAGCUAACAGGGAGCUUUAGCAAAAGCUAAAUUUACCUACUUAUUCCAUUGUUACUCAUCUCACAUUUAAGCUAUUCUGUUUUGCUCCUACAUAAAUAAGUCAGGAGCUAAAUCCAGCACUGACAAAAAGUAACAGCUCAUCCUACAAAAAGGUUACAAGCCAGGUUUAGAAGUUGAGCAGUCAUUGCUAUUUCCCCCUGACAUACUGAAAGUUUUUCCAAGCUAGCUGUGCCCACAAACUUCCUGCAAUGUCCCUUUAAUUCUGACCUUUGGUGUUAAAGUUAGAUCCUAACUUGCAAUGAAAAAUAUUUUACAAUUCCUCAUUUGAAACAUAAUUUCUUGACAUCAGUACAUUGUCAAAGCCAGAGAACUUCUUUUCCUUAACAUCCCUUCUUUAAGAAAUUAAAAAUAAUUCACUUAGGAAACAAGUAGUAUCUUGAUAAUCAUUUAAAAAAUGACUGUGUCAAUUUGUCAUUUUAGAAGAUGGCUGUUUAAAUCCAGUAUAAAUAUCAUAUACAUGUGCUAAUACAGUAAAAUUAUAAAUUUGUCACAUUGGUAAGAUGUCUCUGUGACAGAGGCCUGCUAAACCGUCCAGUCCACAGCCCCCAUGAGUCAUGGUGGGCAUAUUUCCCAUGAGGCAAUGCAAUGUGUCAGCUAUCUGAGUGGGGGCGGAUUUUCCUGGGGAGUGGGUAGAGGUGGGGUUGGAGGUGGGAAAAGGGGGACAGAAGCACAGAUAUUGCAUUUCA